GGUGCUCGAGACAAGACCCUCGACGGGGUUCAGGUGACACGGUGGUGAGAGGAAAGAAAGGUGCUUAGAUUGGAGGCGAGGGCGGCACGAGAUCGAGUGCUCGCAGCAGGGAGGCGCGCCGUCCCUCAGGGCUGAGUGCGGCGCCGGAGUGCCUCGGACAACCUUCGCCAGGGUGCUGGCCAGCCAGACAGCGGCAGAGAUCAAAAUGAGUGGCUGCGUAGAAUUAUGAAGAAGCAUCCACGCACAGGGUACCUGGACAAGGGCUGAGCGGCAGCCGAGGGAGGAUGUCCGAGGGCGACGCAGAGAGCAAGGAGGUGGCGGCGGAGGCGGCGGCGCCACUUUCGGCCGCUCCGACCAACACCAUCAAGUGGGAGCUGGCCAAGGGUGACGAGAUGGAGGGCGGCGUCAAGGAGGUGCGUUACGCGCCCUUCCCGUCGUCGCCGCCGGCCGUCGGCGCCAUGCAGCGCACGCACUCGCGCUCCAUGUCGUCGCUGCCGCCAGAGCCGUUCAUGAUCAUGCGCAGUCGCGCGCUCAACCGACGCGUCGUCAUCAACGUCGGCGGCGUCAAGCACGAGGUGCUGUGGCGCACCCUCGAGCGCCUGCCGCACACCAGGCUCGGACGUCUGCGCGACUGCACCACCCACGAGGCCAUCACUGAAAUCUGCGACGACUACUCGCUGGUGGACAAUGAGUACUUUUUUGACCGUCACCCCAAGUCCUUCUCAUCCAUCCUCAACUUCUACCGCACCGGCAAGCUGCAUCUGGUGGACGAGAUGUGCGUGCUGGCGUUCAGCGACGACCUCGAGUACUGGGGCGUGGACGAGUUGUACCUCGAGUCGUGUUGUCAGCACAAGUACCACCAGCGCAAGGAGCACGUCCACGAGGAGAUGCGCAAGGAGGCCGAGUCGUUGCGGCAACGCGACGAGGAGGACUUUGGCGACGGAAAAUGCGCCCAGUACCAAAAGUUCCUCUGGGACCUGCUCGAGAAGCCCAACACCUCGCUCGCGGCCCGGGUGAUCGCCAUUAUCUCCAUAUUAUUCAUAGUUCUGUCGACAAUUGCACUGACUCUGAACACAAUUCCGAGUUUCCAAGUGAAAGACGAGCACGGCAUCGUGAUAGACAAUCCGCAGCUGGCGAUGGUCGAAGCCGUGUGCAUAACGUGGUUCACACUCGAGUAUCUGCUGCGAUUCAGCGCGUCGCCCAAUAAGUGGAAGUUUUUCAAGGGCGGCCUCAAUGUGAUCGAUUUGCUAGCCAUCCUGCCCUACUACGUGUCCCUGUUCCUAGUCGAGACGAAUAAGAACGCGAACGAUCAGUUCCAAGACGUGCGGCGUGUCGUGCAGAUCUUCCGAAUCAUGCGAAUCUUGCGUAUUUUGAAAUUGGCGCGCCACAGCACGGGCCUGCAGAGUCUCGGCUUCACGCUGCGAAACUCGUACAAAGAACUGGGACUGCUGAUGCUGUUCCUAGCCAUGGGCGUGCUCAUCUUCUCCAGUCUCGCGUACUUCGCCGAGAAAGAGGAGCCAGGUACUAAAUUUAUCAGUAUCCCGGAGACUUUCUGGUGGGCCGGUAUCACAAUGACAACCGUCGGUUACGGUGAUAUUUACCCCACGACCCCACUUGGAAAGGUAAUAGGAAGUGUCUGUUGUAUUUGUGGCGUCCUGGUGAUUGCUCUGCCGAUUCCUAUUAUUGUCAACAACUUUGCCGAGUUCUAUAAAAACCAAAUGAGAAGGGAGAAGGCACUGAAGCGCCGCGAGGCGCUUGAGCGCGCCAAACGCGAAGGGUCCAUUGUCUCCUUCCACCACAUCAACCUGCGCGACGCGUUCGCCAAGAGCAUGGACCUCAUCGACGUGAUCGUCGACACAGGCACGCAGCAACAAAUGCAGCAGCAGCUGAAGCAGCAGGGCCAGCAGCGGUCUAAGAGGUCCAAGAGUGACGUGGACGAGGAUGACGAAGACGACGACUGCAGCGAGUACAGUUUCGCGGCGCCGCCCAAGCCGAGCGACGGCUGCAGUACGCACCACGAGCACCACCUCGACCGCACCAAGCACUUGCUGAUGCCGCUCACUGUUUUGCAGGGGGCGACGGGCGUGGCUGGCGGGCCCACUGCGUCUACAAUCCUGCACCAGGCGCACCACGCUGACGGACACGAGGGCUCGCCGCUCCACCUGCUGGACAUUCCGGCGCCGCAGGUGGUGCCCCCGACCGCCCCUCAACACUCCAACAACGCACAAGUGCCCAUCGUGGCGGUCAACAGCGCCGAUGGCGACGCCACGGUGCUCACCCCAGUGUGCCAGAGUGAGGACGACUCUAAAACAAAAGACAAGAAAGUCGACAAGGUGGAUGAACUGCCCAGAGCAGGAAGAGAGGAGGGAGCAUAUACCUUUAAGGGAAAACAAAUUGUCUUACUAAAUAAUUCAACCGCCGUGACUGAGGACGCUAACGAUAAGGACUACAAAGAAUUCAUCGACGCCGAAAACUUGAUGCCUUUGGGGACUAGCGAUCUGCGGAGCAGCGUGUGCCUCGAGAUGAAGCGGAUGCAGAAGGCGCGAGCGAUGGCGCUGCCCCCGACGCCGGCGCGCGGCGCCUUCGCGGCGCCGCAGCUCCACAUGGCCGGCAGCGUGGACAGCUCGGACACGUACGCGAGUUGCGGGACGCACCCUUUCACGUCGCAGGCCGACAUUUCGAUGGUGGCCGGCGACUUGCUCGCGACGCCCAACUCGCCGCGUCUCCACCGCGGCCCCGUCAAGAGCGCGUCCGGCGACGCCCUGCGCUCCCUUUCGCCCGACGACGACGAAGCCGACGACGACGAACUCGAGAUGGACCCGCUCAACCACGAGCUCCGCCGCAGCAGGGGCAGCCUCACCAACCUGCCCAAGCACCGCAAAACGCGCUUCCAACAGGGGUCGAAGGGCCUCACCAAGGGUGGCUACACCGGCAACUCGACCGACGAACCCCUGGGACUGAGUCGGGGCCGCUCAAUCACCACGUCACUGCUCACUGCCAGAAGGCCCACUUUCAUGCCGUCCCGCAGUCUGGCCUCGGCCACUAGGAUCAUUAAUCAGCACCUCUUUGGGUCCAUGGGUCGUAGCAAUAGUCGCGGCUCGCUGUCCGCAGAGUCCAUUGAUAGUCCCUCCGCGGAGCAACGAAAAAAGAGCAUCCUGAAAAAGUCUGACAGUGCCAAGGGCUCGGGCGCAGGUGGCGCCGCGUCCGGCGGUGCCGCGGCAGGUUUUGACCCCGAGUGUGAGCAGCUCAUAUCAGUGGGGGCGGGCGACCCCCUGCUCGGCGACGUCAACGACAUCAGCACCAGCUCGCCGAUGAUCCUCCGUGCCUCCUCCAAGUCCUCCCGGGGCACCGCCCCUAUCAAAUUCGGUGGCGCCGUCAUCCUCGACGGCGGCGCCGACUUCGGUCCGGGCGGCCUGAGCAAGUUUUCGGCGCGUCGGCGACCACCGCCCCUCCGCUCGCCGAAUACGGAGGAGCCCGUUGAACGAGGCGUUGCCAACUGUCGGCACCACUUGCUGGGGGAAGCGGGGGUGGCCACGUGCGGCUGCAGCCUUGACCGGCAGGCGGAGACGGGGUCGCCGACUGAAGAGACCAAACUGCUGCUCCAGCAUCAUCAACACCUCCACCGGAGGCGGCCCGGAGGCGGCACCGAGUCGUCAAACCCGGGGGCAUCAUAGCGCCCGAUUGACUCCUUUGUGGUCCUCACUUCACGCGCCACUCUUAUCGGUAUUGCCACACACCCUAUGGCGGCGAGCCUCGUCCUCCACUUCCCGCGCUCAAGUGCGCGUGCGCAGUCGGUGUGCGCAGGCGCAGACGGCGUUUUCGUUCAAAUCUUGCAAAUUGAUUCGAGACGGGAAGCUGAACCAAGAUGGGGACCGUUGCCAUACUAUCUGUGAUUUUAAUACUGCUGGACUUUAUAAUUAUAUACUACACUAUGUACUUUAUUCUUAAAACUGCGACGUGAGAAAAAAAAUGAUUUAAAAUUAAUUAAUUAAUUAAAACUCAUUGGUAUAUAUUGAGGAUUUUUAAAUCUACACACCACUUAAUCAACGUACACACAAAUCUCUCUAACUAUAAAAAUCUUUAAAAAGAAAUAAGUGAACGCGGCAUCUAACACGAUGAUUAUAAAAGGAUAAUCUCUCUCUAUAUAUAUAAUUAAACUCAACGGAUUAAAUAAUCGGCAUAAAUAAUUGAUUCGCAAAGAGACACGAGAAGGCAGUUAAAACGACGAGGUAUUUUGAACGCAAAGAAAAGCUCAACGAUUCAGAAAAAACGUGCAAUUAGUGGUGUACGAAUAUACAUAAUUAUAGAGACUAUUACAGUGUGUCACAAUAAGAUUAUGCGCGCGAUUAUAUUUUAAACCCAUCUGGAUGUUUAGUAGUUUGGUAGAUCCAACUCUUCUCUCCGUGUAUCUGUUCAGAGAACGUAGAAACUGCGGUGUUUAAAAAUCUAUUGUAGAAAGAAGUGAUAUAUUAUGUUUUUAUCCCCCAAAUUUUAUGAAAAAGCUAAGAGUUACACAAAACUAUCCAAAUUGUUAUAGGGAAUAAUUGGUAGACCCGUUAAUACAUGUAAAAGAAACCGCUUGAUUAGAAUUUACUAAUUGGAAAAUGCAACGAUAAAAAUUAACCUAUAUGCGGAUAGCAAAAGUUGCCUGUAUAGGUUGUAUAUUAUAUUUUUCAGUGAGAAAUGAAACCUGUUACUUAGAAUUUGUCAAUUUAAAAUAUUUCUUUUUAUACGUUUGUAAUUUUUUAUUUAUUUGUUUAAGAAAUGUUGGUUGAUUUAAAACAAUUUCAAAUUUUUAUCUCCUUGAGUUAUCGCAUCACUUGCGAAAUUCCUUCUUUUUAUUUAUAAAUUAAUAAAAUAUGUAGAAAUCCGUGACCCACUAAAGCUAUGUCGUCCAUGUUGAUGCAAAUUAAAGAAAAUGAUGUUCUCGCCUUUUUGACAUAAAAUAAUUACCUGGAGUACCGCGCUUGAAGGGUUUGCAUAGAGGUUUUGAAAAACGGAAAAGGGUGUGUCUGUAGACAAAACUAAUAGAAAACACCAUACAUGGGUGCGCUCAACAAUUUUGCGCUCGCGCUCGCGCUCGCGAUCACUGGCAACAGUGCGCUCGCGCUCUGCGCUCGCGCUCAAGAUUUUGAAAAUGUUGCGCUCGCGCUCUGCGCUCGCGCUCAAAUUUUUAAAAAGUCUUGCGCUCACGCGUUGCGCUCAAAAAUAUUUUUAUCCGAAGAAAAAUGCGACUUUUAAGACAAUUUUUUAAUAUAACAAAAAAUACAUCGGCAAUUGGAAAUGAUAAAGUUGAAGUUAAAUCACCAAAAUUGGGAUCAGUUUUGAAGUUUUUGGUAUAAAAACACUGUUUUUCAUUACAAUUUUUGAUCAAAUUCGGGAAUUUUUACUUUUGGUUUGAGCGCAAAAUGAGCGCAAUUGAGCGCUGCGCUCAGCGACCAAUGCGCUCGCGCUCUGCGCUCGCGCUCACGAUUUUGAAAAUCGUGCGAUCGCGCUCUGCGCUCGCGCUCAUGAGCGCAGAGCGCGAGCGCAGAUCGCAGAGCGCAAAUUGCGCUCUGCCCAUGUAUGGAAAACACUAGCAAAAUUAUGUGUGUUGAAAAGUGCAAAAUUUGAAUAUGUGAUUAUCGUUUUAAAUCAACUGUUGAUUGCUCUCUAUCUCUCUCACACACAUGGCGACGUUCAAAGAAUUAAGGAAAGAAAUUUAAAAUCACCCUAAAAAUAAAGUAACACAACAUAAUUAUAACCACGUGCGCCCUUCCAAUUAAAAUUCUAAAUACAAAAAAGCCAGAACUUAAUGGAUUGCAUCAAACUAACUAAUUAUAAUAAAGGAAAGACUCCGGAAAUACGCUCCUUUCUUUUUUCAACUUGAAUAUCUUGAUCGCCUUUGAUGUCUCAUUGAAUAUAUUAAAAAGCAGGUGUGUAAAAACGGUACAUGUUCAUUUUUGACAUUUUUCACUUCAAAGUGCAAGCGCUGGGUGAUGAAAAUUAGCUAGAGAAACGCCGAGAGUCGCCCCGACCCUGACCAAUGUAAAGAAAAUACACUUAAUAGGUAAAAAACAAAACCCAGCGCGCAUUUUGAAGCGUUAAUUAUUUGAUUUAUUAAAUCCAUAAUCUGCAGAUCUGCACUUUGCUCACGUAUUUUAAUUUUGACAAAUUUAAAUAAUAUACUACCGAACUGGAAAACAAAGCAAGGAAUUCUCUUCUAAAAUGCACAUCAAGUCCUAAAAAUAAUUAUAUACCUAUUUGAGAAAUAAUUCAGCGAAUGAAGAAUGAGAAGCAUGUGAUUUUUAUGAUUCAAUUAAAAAGAGAUGAGAACGACGAAAUUUAAUAUUUUAUGUGAACAACAUUCCAAACUAUUGUGAACGAACUUUAUCAGCAGAUCAAAAAUAAAAUACAACAGCGUAUGAAAGUCAUUUUGCAGACAUAAGAUGUAUGUGUGAUAAUAUUAUAAUAUGUACAUCAAGAUCGGAUUUGUGUCGUCAAUUUCUUAACCCUUUUGCUGUAUGUUUUAUAAUUUUCCAAUCGCCACUUUUACGAGAGUUGUGAGUUUCGUGAGUGGGCAAGUGUGUUCCAUUCUCACAGACAUGGACCAUGGUUUGUAAUCAUAUAUGGCUUCGUAAGGAGCGGUAUUAAUUAUAAAAACGACACUUUAUUCCUACCUGCGCUUAGAUGUUGAAUAAAAUACGAGAUUUUCCUGCAAAUACACGAUUGAUCGGUCAACCUUGUGUGUAUAUUUUAUGUGAUUAACAAACCAUUCAUGAAAGCCUACAUUUUGAUGUGUCUCUCAUUCGCAAAAGUAAAUUUAACACAAAAAUUGACGAACCAGUUGAUACCCCCCAUAGUUCUCCGAUUAUGUAUGAAGAUUUGUGUCCUUCUUAAGAAGAUAAGAGAUAAAAAUAUUAUAGUUGUUCAUAUUUGAUUGAAGAUUCAGUGUGAAAACGAGAUAUAAACUUGGCUUUUGCAAUAAAAUGU